UUGGCAGAUCUAUUUUGCUUUUGUUGAACCUCUCUACAGCACAUCAUAAAGAUUUCCUAGGUCCAGAAGCUGCAGAAGAGACAACUGAGCAGCAGAAAAAUGUGACUCUGAGAAGAGACGUUAAGCCUUCUGAUGAUGAAUUUUCUGCUGAUGAAUUCUAAUUUAAAUAUAUAACUGAAGCAUGCAUAAAAGUUAACCUGAUAGGGGAAAACACCUUCUCAUUUAUUAGAACUGCCAAAAAAAAAUUAAAAAAAAAGGCAGCCACCUGAAAUUUCAAAAUGAGUGCUCCACUAAUUCCAAACAAGUCAUGUUAUUCCCAGCUUCAAGACAACUGCAGUGAAAUAAGAAACGAUAAUGAAAGCAUAGUGAAUGUUGGGGAUACCAAUGCCAACCAAAUUGUAGCAAAAGUUAGAACCACUGAUGGGAAUGUUAAAAAACAUGAUUUGACAGAUGAGAGUGGGAAUAUAUAUUCUGGAGGAGCAGAGAAAAUGACUCAUCUGCCUGCAGAGCAGAAUAAACUUCUGACCUUCAAAGACUCUCAAACCUGUCACGCCAGUGCACAGGAAAGUAAGCUGCCCUCCACCACAAGCAGGGAAAUGGGGAAAGACUGCAGGACCAGUGAAGCUAAAGAUAUAUCAAGGCAUAUCAGGAUUAGCCGAGGACAAAGUCUGUCCAAUUUGAAAAGUAGCACAAAUGAUGGCAACCUGGAGGUUGUCUCCAAAGGUGAUAUUGACUUCACCCAGAACUUUCCUAAGGGAAAAAUGUCCAGGACUGUGGAGGUGGAGAGAAUAAAAAGGCUUUCUUUGGGAAGACCGAGUAAAUUUUCUCCUCAGCCUGAAACAUUUGCAAAAGAUGGCGUUGGCCGCGUGUCGUGUAAACGUCUGCUUUCUGCAUCAUUGGACUCCAUCGACAGGUCUCACCACCUGGCAGGAAGUACAGAGAAAUCCCAGAAAACAUCCACGGAUCAUUUUCUUGGGAUGGUGUUUCGUCCACUUGACAAUACCUCAGAGGAAAAUACUGUAUUUUAUUCCAAACCAUCUACCUCAGGGAACAAGAAAACAAGUAAACCGGAAAAUGUACCAAAUGUUAGCAUUGAAAGCACACUGCAUACUUCUCAUUCUCAACAUUCAGCUGUUAAGCUCAAUGAGAUGGCUAGUAAAUCAGAAGCACAAUUAGGUCAGGGUGAUAAAAGUAAAAAACUGGAGCUUAGGACUGCACCAUCUCUACAAUAUAAAAAUACGUGUCCACAAAAGAUAGAGAGAAUUAUGCUGGUAGAGUUCCUGGGGUGUACAAGAGCUGAAAAUACAGCAGCUCAGGAACAGAAAAGCUCUGGGUCUGACACAUCAAAAUUUCAAGUAUCCCAUUUCCAGGACACCUGUAAUAGAGUAGAGGACCCAUUGUCAAGCCAGGUAGUAACUCAUCCUGAUGAUAAAUUGCAAAAUAAUAACAUCACCAUCAGUGUGGAAGGGAGAGGAAGCAAUGACAGUGACAGCAGGGCAACCAGCCAGGCUGGUGAGGAAUAUUUUACUGAUGAGGAAAUGGAAACAAUAUUUCCACUCACUUGCAGUAGUAAAUCCAGCAUCAAAGUGCCAUCAAGAAAAAACAAAAAUUUGCAUGAAGUUGACACAGGUUGUGCUGAAAUAGUUGGUGAACAGAUAUCUCCUUUGCAUGAUAUUAAUCCACCUGACAGCAAGCCCUUGAAAGUUAAUGAGAAUAAACUGAUGCUAGUCAAAGAAAGCACUGAGGAUGCUGUUGUGCCUGCUUCUGAACCCUCAGAUCAUCACAGAGCGCGCAGUGCAGAGACAGUGUCAAACCAACAACCUGACAGUCACAGCAGUGAUGUGGAAACCUCAAAUGUUUCAGUUUCAACUAAAGAAGCGGCUGCCCUACAGAAACAUCCUCCAGAGGAAGCACCAGCGAGCUGUAACGUUCCAACAAAGGCUGAUGUCUUUGUAUGUGUCCCAGAUCCUGUGAGCCCGGUGCCAACGCCAGAUGUUAAUGGUCAGCCCACGCUAUCAAACAGUAAUUUGAAGGAACUUUAUGCACUUCAUGAUGACAAAUUGUCACCCUCCUCAGUCCUACCUCCCAUUGACAGCACACAGUUGUUAAACAUAUCCCCUAAAGUGCCUAUCAAGACUGCUUGCAGCAGCACCAUCCCAAAACCUAUCCUGGUCCACCCCAAGGGCUCCCUCACGGAUAAGGCUGGUGUGGACAGUGACUGCAGUGAAAAGCUGGAAGAAGGUGUUGAGAUGAAACCUGCCAUCCCCCGGCCCAAGCCUGUGAGACCUAAAAUCAUCACGUACAUUAGGAGAAACCCUCGCUCAAUGGAGCAGCUCGACCCGUUGUUCGCGCCGGCGGGGCUGCCCUUCGACGGCCCCGCGUGCAGCGUGCCCGUCUCUGCGGACCACAAGGCGCCCAACGGAGGGGAGGCAAAGCCUGCUGGCAUCCUCUAUGACAAAUUUAAACCUGACCUCCAGAAGCCAAGACUCUUUAGUUCUGGACUAGUAGUGUCAGGAAUUAGGCCCCCGGGUCAUCACUUCGGUCCGAUGAGCGAGAAGUUUCUGCAGGAGGUUGGGGAAAGGCCUGGGAAGGAUGAAUUUUGCCCUGCACCAUACACUCACUAUGAGGUGCCACCAAGCUUUUAUCGAUCUGCCAUGAUCCUGAAGCCACAGUUAGGACUGGGUGCAGUGUCCAGGUUGCCAUCUGCCAAGAGCAGGAUUCUCAUUGCAAGUCAAAGAUCCUCAGGGAGUUGUCUCCAUCAGCAAGGAGAAAUAACAAGUGCUCCCAGCCUCUACCAUGCUGAUGCUUCAGUUGAUCUUAAAAAAGGAUCAUGUCCAAGUGCUGCAAAAUCAAAUCUCCCCAAGCCCUGCCCGUCUGGACUUCGUCCCCCAGGUUAUUCCCGGUUGCCAGCAGCUAAGCUUGCUGCAUUUGGUUUUGUCAGGAGCUCAAGCGUGUCCUCGGUCUCCAGCAACCAGUCAAACGACAGCACUCAGAGUGACCAGAGCAGGACAACUAACCGUUCCAGCUUUGGAAAUGAAGAGCAGACCACCCCUAGGGCAUCUGCACCUUCUAAGGAUGUUCCCAAGGGGAGCAGCAAAAGCACAACGCAGGUAUCGAGCAGCACAGCGACUCCACGCAGGAGCUUACUGCCAGCACCAAAAACUGCCACAGCACCCGCUGGUGUGAAGAAAGAAGUACAAAAAGAUCAAGAUUCUAGCAGACCAGCUGUCUCAUCCCCUAAGAAAUCAGCAGUAACAGCCACAAAACUCCAUUCACCAGGACAUCCCAAGCAAAGGCCAGCUACCCCAAAGAAUGGACUCUCCCCCAAACCAGGAGAGGGGCGAGACACUGAAAAGCAGUUCAUUCAGAAACUGAAGGAAAAGUGUGAUGAGCAGUCCCGGCAAUUAAUCAAUAUCCAAGAUGAGCUUAAAAGGGCCAGCUGUGGCUUUGAUGUCUUUGCUAUAACAACACAGUACUUUUUCAGGCAGAAUGAAAAUGCCCUUGUGAAAAUAAAGGAGUUAGGAGUCGAGCUUGCAAAGAUCAGGGAGGAAGUUGACCUCAACACAGUGAGAUGGAAGAAGCUGCUGAGCGAGAAGGAGGAGCUGGAGAGACGCUUUGAGGAGGAGGGGAAGCAGCUCCGCAGGCAGCAGCAGGAGGAGAUGCAGGCACUGGAGCAGCGGCUGCAGGAGGAGCACAACACCAAGAAGGAGAGCCUGCAGGAGCAGCACAGGCUGCAGCUGGAACAAGCCAAACUGCAGCAUCAGAAUCAGGUGGAAGAUCUCACAGCUGUACAUGAAGCUGCAAUGUCACAGUUGGAAAAUAACCACGCAGUGGCUAUUACAGUCCUGCAGGGUGAGAAUGACUGCAAGAUUCAAGAACUGAAUGCUGCUCACAAACUGGAAAAGGCACAACUAGAGGAGACUUUUGAAAAGCUGCGUCUGUCUCUGCAGGACCAGAUAGACACCCUCACCUUCCAGAAUCAAUCUCUUAAGGCCAAAGCAGACCGGUUUGAAGAGGCUUUGAAGAAAAACACUGAGGAACAGCUGAAGAUUGUGCGAGCUCCUUAUCUACACUUAGAAAAAGAUUUGAAGAGCUUAAAACAUGUUCUGGAAAUGAAGAACCUCCAGAUUCAUCAACAGGAGAAGAUGAUUAUGGAGCUAGAAAAACAGGUUGAAAAAAAUUUAAAACUGGAAGAAAAAAUCACCAUGCUGCAACAGCAGAACGAAGAACUCAGAGCCAGGAUUGAACAAAAUACUGUCAUAACAAGGCAACUGUCAGAAGAGAAUGCAAAUCUUCAGGAAUACGUUGAGAAAGAAGUGGAGGAGAAGAAGAAACUCAGCAGGACUAACGAGGAGCUCCUCUGGAAGCUACAGGAGGGAGAUGCCGUGAGCCCCGUCAAACUCCCACCCGCACCAUCCACUCCUUUUUAUCGCUGCUCGUCAGGGAACUCCUCUCCAGCUAAAGUCAGAACCUUGAGGCGAUGA